CAGUGAGAAGGCGUUCACCUUUGAAACGCACCUGAGCAAGCAAACAUGUUUUACCUGAUAAAGAGCGGCUGCGGCUCUGAGCCUCUCGACAGCGUCGGUAACAUGUCUAAGAGCGACAUACUGAGAGGAAUCAUCACCGAGAAGCUGAGCACCGCCGCCCGGGAGAUCUUAGCGGUGGUGGAGAGGACUGUAGCCGACUACGAGGAGGAGACUUCGGGCUUCAAGCGGGAGAUCGACCGGCAGAGGAGGCAGCUGGAGCUCCUGCAGCCUCGGGUCAAGCUGGAGAGGAGAGAUCUGGACAUCCAUGAGGUGGUGGUCGUGACCGGAGACAAAAAGGAGCAGCAGCACACGCAUCCACCAGGUGUGGCAAGUGCUGGGAGUGUGAGUCUGCUGUGGUACAAUGACGGCAGCGAUGAAGAGGAGCAGCUCAUGUCCCAACUGUCAGCGAGUUCCAGACAGAAACAAGAAGAUCGGAUGCAUCCGGAUUAUGAAAUGCCAAGGAGGAAGUCCAGCACACCUUGGAUCAGUGACGCACAGAACCACCUGCAUUUCAGGAUUUGCAUCCUGGAGGACUCUCAGAGCGGAUUAAAAAAAAGUCCAGUUCAGGACCUGAAGUGUCCCCGUGAUCUACAGGAGGGGGACUUCCUGAGCCUUCUGAGGUCCACCUUCCCUCAGCUGGCUGGAGACAAACCAUUUAACAUCUUUGAGCAUGAUCGGAGCAAUAGACUCCAGAGGCUCGACGUGCAGAGCCUCACACCAGAGGAGAUCUACAGGACCACGAAGCCCACCGGGGUGGAAAAGACUGUCCUCUAUAUCAAACUGAAGACAGGAGAGGAAGAGGAGGAGCUUCAUCAGUUACUAGCAAACGAUGAGCCUUUAUCACAUGACACUGCGGUGAUGAAACGCGAUGAAGCCGAGCUCCAUUCAAGCCCCGUUCAACACGUAGACAAUAUCGGAGUGGAUGUCAUGGCCAACAGCUCAACACCACAGCUACAGGUCUUGCUAACAAAAAAUGCUGCUGAGAGUGACUCCAGUGAUGACCAAGAUGGAGUCAUGGCAUUGGCCCCAGAGCUGCAGAUGCCAAGAAAGUUGAAGAAGAAAAGGCUCAAAAGUAGUUUGGAGAGGAUUCGGAAGAGUAAAAUACCCUGUAAAGUGUGUGGACUCUGGUACAGAAACCACGGCAGCUUGAUCAAACAUGCAUGGAGCCACGUGGACGAGCCACCGGCUGUUUGUGGAAUUUGUGGAGAGCGCUUUGAAUCAGUGGAAGCAUUAAAGGGACAUCUUACAAAUUACCAAAAACAUCACAACUCUGAUAACCUAACCUCUUUGCACACAGAGGACAGGCCAUUUAAGUGCAACAUUUGCAGCAAAACCUUCACCCGAAUGUCUAUCUUGAGUACUCACCGUUGGGUUCACGUUGAGGAGAGACCAUACAAAUGUGAUAUUUGCCUGAAAUCUUUUGGUCUGAAGGCACAGCUCAAAACUCACUGCAAGGAGCAUGCUAGCCUAGAGAAGUACCACUGCAACAUCUGCGGGAAGACUCUCUCCCAUAGUCGAUCUAUGAGCCGUCACAAGCUGACUCACACGGUGGAGCGGCCCUACAGUUGUGAGAUUUGCGGGAAGCAUUUCAAAUAUCCCAGCGUCUUAAAUUCCCACAAGAAGAUUCACACAGUUAGGGAGCGGUCGUAUCUCUGCCACAUCUGCUGCAAAACCUUCAUGUCAAACAGCGUCCUGUCGACUCACAUGAAGAUUCACAGCAGUGAGAGACCGCACAUCUGUGGUGUGUGUAGAAAGGGGUUUGUGACCAAAGGCAGCCUAAAGGCUCACAUGCGAAUGCACACCGGUGAGACACCAUACAGCUGCUCAGAGUGUGGCCGUUUCUUCAAACACAAGUCCCAUCUCAAUGACCACAUCAGGAACCAUUUGGGCAUCAAACGGUUUGUGUGUGGCGUUUGUGGGAAAGCGUGCUCUCGCCAAGGGCAACUGAAGAGCCACAUGAGAACCCAUAAUGGAGAGAAACCAUACCAGUGCACCAUUUGCAAAAGGGCCUUCUCCCAGAGCAGCACUCUUAAGUCACACAUGAAGAUCCACGAAGCCAAAGAAAAAGGCACUUACCAGCCUGAAAACAAGCGAGACAGUGUAACCCUUUAACUCCUGCCCUUACAAGCCGUGAAGACUUAGCGUAUCGCUGCAGAGUCGGCAGGUGGCUCAGAUGAGCUGGCUUUUUACCGUAACUCCGCGACCGUUUGUCCUAUCAGAAUAAUUCAAAUGGUUCCUGAAAACCCAGAAAUUGCACUUCACAGCCAUAUAGGGGUAUUACAGUAUUUUUUUGCCAGAAGUCUGCGAACGGCAGCACUUUUUACUUACCUUGUGCCAUGGCCGACACCUUCAGGGUUAUAGGGUUAUUAGGGUUUGGAUACAGGAAAACUUAAAGAGAUAACUAGUUCUUCUUUUUGAAAGGAAAGUACACCAAGUUUAAAGGGAAGAAAUCUAAAUUCCUGGAAACAUGUUAGAAUGAUUAAAAGAAACCAGCAUAUUCACAGAAAUAACUGGCAUUAUAUGAACAGAUAGAGUAAGGGAAAAAACACAAAUUCCGCAAACUUUUUGAUCACUAAGCAAAAGGGGGGGAAAAAAGCCAUUUGUGUUAAUUAACAGAAAUUAGUUCAACAAUUAAUUGCUGAGAAAUUGCUCCUGAAAUUCAGUUAUUUCAUAACUGUGUUUCCACAGAAAUUGGGGAACUUUGUAAAUUUUAAAUAAAAGCAGAAUGUGAGGAUCUUUCAUUUUGACUUCUAUGUCUGCAACACAUUUCAGAAACAUUUGGACUAGAGCAUGUUUCUCACUGUAUUAGCGCUUCUUUUAAAGGACUCUGAGGAACUGAGGAGUUCGGCUGCUGAAACCAAAUGUUUCCCAUUUUUGCGUGAUAAAAUUUUAAGUCUGUGGAUUCAUUUUUAUAUAUUUUUUCAUAAUGCUCACAGUAUUUUCAGUGGACUACAGGCAGGCCAGUUUAGCACUGACUUAUUUACUGUGGAGCCAUGCUCUUGGAGUAUGUGCAAAAAGUGUUAGGGCUAUAGCUAUAUUUCUACAGUAAAGUUGCGUCACUUUAGGAAGCAGCCUCAAGGAGAUAUUAGAGGAACUGAGGUUUUGGUGCUUCCAUGUCUGUGUUCAGUGUUGCCGCUUUCCUUAUUAGACCAGCACCUGCAAGAUACGACACAGCAGAAUCAAAAAAAGGAAAAAAGACAGAAAAUAGAUGGGAAGGAUCGAUCAGAGGGGCAGUGCAUUCAAUGAAAACAGAAGAAGUCCUAAAGUGGCUCCCUGAGGGAUCCCACAUUUAACAGACACAAUGAAAUUGCAUGGAAAAACAGCUUUCAGAUAAGAAUAAAGCCAAUUUUAAGCCGGUCCCUGCUUCAUUCUUUGGUGUUUUGAAAGAUUGCCA